CUGCCCGCGUGUCAGCCUCUUUGACAUUGGGUUUCUAUCCAAUCAUUCGCUGCUCCACGUUUAUAAUAUUGAUUUUAACGUUGUUUGAAGAAAGUUUUAUCGGUACCCUUUCGGAGUUUUUGAGUUAUGUUGUGUCUGGACAGGGCUUAAAAGCUCAUUAUCUGCAGUACCCUUGUGAAUUUCAGUAUGUUUUUUACCUGCUUUCAAUAAUUAUGAAUCUGGGUUGUGUUUACUUUGAUUAAGAACCAGCAGGUUUGGCGCUAUAUUAUUGUGGGAUUCAUUUGCCUAUUUUCUUGGAGUUUUUGUGAUGUUCUAGUUCAAGAGAUUGUGGUACUUGGCUAAUAAAGCUAUGGUCUUGAAUAAAGAAUAUAUCUAAAAUGGCUUUUAAUGUGCCAUAGUUGUGCUAAAUGUGACAGUGGCCUUCUGAAUUAGUGAUAAUGAGCUUUAGAACCUGUAUUUGAUGAUUGUGCUCACAACCUCCGGCGAAGUUCUAGUGAGGGUUUAGUCAGUGACAUUGGUUGACACAUACAAUUUAUGACAGUAAUGAACAUACCCCUGUUUUGUUUAAUCAGGGACAAGGUGCAAAUUAACCGAGUGAUUUUAGGAUUCUGUGGCUAUAUCUUCAUCUUUUCCUGUUUUUCCUACCCCUACUGGAGUGAGAUAUUCCAAAUUGCCCCAACUCUUGUCAGUUUUCCUCAGAAAUAGAACAUAUGACUAAUACCAUUUUCCCUCAGUCAUCUCCUUCAGUUUUUAACCGUGCAACUGCUGGGCACUCAUUUUCAUCAUCUUCCAGAUUUCCCAAUGAUAUGCUUGUUUCUUCUGUUUCACCAGAUGAAAGGAAUUCCCACAAUUUUCCAUUCAUUUCUCAAUUGUCAAGAGGACGAACAACAUUGCCACCAACCCAUUUUUCUUCUUCAGAAGAACAAUCUACAGGAUCAAUUAAUUUUCCCGGGGAGAAUAAGGAAAUGUCCUGGUGUAGAGGUCUACUUCAGGAUUUUCUUCAUUUUCCCAAAAAUGUCCCUGUAAGAACUGGGGUGGUGGAAAUCAACACUGGUGAUAUGGGAUCUGAGGUUAGUGCCAAGUGGCAGGAGUGGGCAGAUCAAUUGAUCUCUCUUGAGGAUGGUCCAGACCCACAUUGGAGCAAAAUUCUUGCUAAUGUCAAUGCUGUAGAUGCAAAACCAAAGGUGCUGAAAACAUCUACAAGUAUCUUGGUGCAAAAAUCCCAAAUUCAUCAGCACCAGCCUCUGCAAAGUGAAGAAUUCCAUGCUGUUACUAACCCAUUAUCCACAGUGCCCCAAACGAAAGCCAGAAUGCAAUGGACUCCAGAACUUCAUGAGGCAUUCGUAAAGGCUGUCAAACAGCUGGGUGGUAGUGAACAAGCUACUCCAAAGGGCAUCUUAAAGGUCAUGAAUGUUGAAGGCCUAACAAUUUAUCAAGUUAAAAGCCACCUGCAGAAAUAUAGAACAGCAAGGGACAAACCAGAGUCUUCAGAAGAAACAUCAGAGAAGAAAUUGACCCCUGCUGAAGAGAUGAAAUCAAUGGACCUGAAAAGGGCAAUGAGCAUCACCGAAGCAUUGCGGUUGCAGAUGGAAGUUCAGAAGCAGCUCCGUGAACAACUUGAGAUUCAGAGAAAUUUGCAGUUGCAAAUUGAAGAACAGGGGAGGUAUCUUCAAAAAAUGCUUGAGCAACAAAGAAAAAUGGAGAAUGAUAAGUCCAAUUCUUCUUCAUCCAACCACAGCGAUCCUUCAUCUCCAUUGGCAAAGUCAACGCCUGAAAAUGAAAAACCAGAAGCCGCAGGGCUGGAUCAGACCAAAACUGGAACAAAUACAGGUAAUGCCAACACUACAUUGGAAGGAAGUUCCAAGAGUUCGAGCAGGAAGCAGAAGCUCCCUGAUACCACACUGUUCGACCUGGAUGAUGACAAAACUGGUCACACUAACGUAAAACGAGCAAGAACAAAUGAAACAGCAGGAUACUGAGCGAAAUCUGCAUCUGACUGGAACACCUUGUAGAAUUAUUAUGUUAUGUUCUCAUUUAGACACAAGAUUAUUCGAUCCAGAGUUUUUGACAGUUGGGUAUUACUACUUCAUAUUAGCUAAGAACAUAUGAAGGCUGAGGUUUCGAUUUUAUGUUCACUGUGGCCUGUGGGGUUGAAUUUGCACUGAAAGCUAUUUAGAAGAUGGAUUUGCUGUAAACGUUUUGUGUCUCCAUGGAUAAUAGUUCAACAAAUGUAACUGUUUAUUUGUAUAUGGAUACAACUAAUUUGAACCUCUUUUUCUUA